AAAAAAAAAAAAAGUGCCGCGGCAGAAUCUCGAGUGCCAAAGUGCCAAAAGGUGCACGGAGGUUUCAAGCGUCGUUUCGAGAUACCGAUCUCGGAAGGAAGAUAAGAACGACGGGUGUAAGAGGGGAGCAAGAAGCGGUGGGAACGAGAGGGGGAGAAAAAAAAGAGAGAAAGAGGAGAUGCGGUAGAAAAAGGGGAGAGACCGCGAUGCGGACAUAUAAAAUAUAUGUCCAGAACUUGACAGACACACGGACGAGAUUGGCGUAAACAAAGAUGCGGUCUAAGCAGACGUGAAGGGACAAAAAAGGGAAACGUCGAGCGUUUUAAGCGUUUUAUCGCGUUGCUCGCGCUGCUGCUGCUGUCGAGUAUCUUGCCACUUCCCUCUUCUCCCCUUUCGCUGCCAUUCCGCUGCCUUCGUAAGAAGAGGAUAUCGCGGUUAACUUGCUCACGGAUAUCCGCAUUGUUUCGCGUCAACCAGCCAACUCAGCUGACCUACAUUGGCCAGCCACCAGGCAAAAUGGAAUAUCGAGCCACUCGAUGCUCAUCUGCGGAAAACCACUUGCCAUCCCUGCAGGGAGACCCAGCGUUGUACUCGUCGUCGUCGUCGUCGUCGUCGUCAUCGUCGUCGUCGUUGUUAAACCUUGCCGCUCUCUCGUUCGCUACUGUUCAACGUUCAUCGUCAUCGGCGUUACCGAUCUUUCUGCUUGUUUUCUUACGUUUCCUACGUUGACACGCGGACUCGAAGAAAGAAAACAAUCGAUUCACGCAAACUCGCGCCUCGCUUUCGGCGGCGGGACAUUCGAGGGCAAACCUUGCCUCGAUUAUGCAUCGCUGAAGCGCAAGAGUCGCGCGCAAUUUCACUCGAUCGACCACGUGUAAUCGACACAACUGAUCAAACACUCUGUUCGCGAACGAUCUAGCGAAUGUUCACACGUUUCUUUCUUUCUUUUUCGCUCGAUUGAUAUUAUUUAAUAACCGCGUCUCCUGCAACGACAAAGUCAUCGAAAUAAGAACGACGACGUUCACAGAGGUACAGAAGAAGUCGCUGGUCGAAACGCAAUGAAGAAUUUCGCCGAAAUGAGGGACCAUCCGUCGCGCCUUUUCUCCGAUACGAGAACGGACGCGUAGAAAUGCCAGAAUGAGAAUGUACGUGCUAAUUCUGUGAACGCCGGUGAUUUACGAGGCUGCAGAAUGGCACAUAUUGCAGGAGUGGCGUUUCUGGGAACGGUCAGAUCGGUACGCGGAACUUUCCUGAGGACGCUCGUCUUCGUCUUCCUGGCAACGUUCCUGUGGCUUCAGCUUCAUGUGAUCAGCCUGACCGGUCGAGACUCCGCUGGACAAGCCUCGUCGAACGAGACGCUAUUCGCCCUUGUACCGCAAGAAUUACAUCGGUUUCUAAAAGAUCGUCGAAAUGGUUCUUCCUCAACGUUGACGAACGCAAGCACAGAGACGUUAACGGAGUUCGAAAUAGCGGAGAUUCGCCGGAACAUAGAAAAAGCGAAUGCCGAGCAAAGAGUAUACAACGAAGAGUCUUUCGGCCCUUUGGCCAACGACGCUCCCAUAAUAGUGAUUCAGGUGCACACUCGACUCACCUACCUCAGACAUCUGAUCGUAUCGUUGGCCCAAGCGAAAGGGAUCGAGCAAACCCUUUUGGUCUUCAGUCACGACGUUUGGCAUCCAGACAUCAACUAUCUCGUGCAGAGUGUUGACUUUUGCCGGGUUAUGCAAAUAUUUUAUCCCCAUAGUAUACAGACUCAUCCUCGAACGUUUCCCGGUGAAGAUCCGAACGACUGUCCUCGAAAUAUUCGCAAAGAGCAAGCUCUCAGUCUCGGUUGCAUCAAUGCCAAGCAUCCGGAUCUCUAUGGACACUACAGAGAGGCGAAAUUUACGCAAACGAAACACCACUGGUGGUGGAAAGCGAAUCGGGUGUUCGAUCAAUUGUCGAUCACGAGAAACCACACUGGGAUAGUCCUUUUCCUCGAGGAGGAUCAUUACGUCGCCGAAGACUUCCUACACGUUCUUAGACUGAUGGAACGUACCUGCAAGCAUAGCUGCAAAAGAUGCAACGUCCUAUCUCUGGGCACCUAUCUCAAAACCUACAACUACUUUGCCGACUUCAGCCGCAAGUUCCUUGGCGUCAACAGCGCCCUGCAAAAGGAGCUACUUCGUGGAUUAAAGAGAUGGGAGGCAUCGGCAAGACUACAGUCGAUAAAAGCUGAAGACACCAGCGAGAGCGGAAGAAUCGGCGGAUUUCCGAGCAGCAGCAUCAGCAGCAGCAGCAGCAUCAGCAGCAGCAGCAGUAGCAGCAGCAGCAGCAGCAGCAGCAGUAGUGGCAGCGGAAGCAGUAGCACCGGAAGUAGUAGCAAUAGCACUCCUACCGGGAUGAGCAACAGCAAAAACAACAGCAUUAAUGACAUCGCUAGCAACGCUGGCGCUGCCGCCUUCGUACCCAUCGCUCGGAACGCACAGAUUUUGCAAUCUGCUUCCGCGUGGGCUUUCCAACUCCUACCCGAACUCUACAAUCAUUAUCAAAAGGCUGAGGUAAUUCCUUGGAUCUCGAGCAAACACAACAUGGGUAUGGCGUUUAAUCGUGUCACGUGGAACAAAUUGAGAAAGUGCGCCGCCCAGUUUUGCUCGUACGACGAUUACAACUGGGACUGGAGCCUUCAACAUAUCGCGCAAACCUGUAUGCCGCCGAGCAAAGGGCCCGGAAUCGCGCCUCGUACAGAAUCUGGUUUGAUCACAAUGAUGAUGAGGGCGCCUAGAGUUUUCCACAUUGGAGAAUGCGGAGUCCAUCACAAGAAAACCAAUUGCGAGUCGACCGCUGUGAUAGCAAAGGUUCAAAACGUCCUAAAGGCUGCCCGAGAACAUCUUUUUCCUACUCAACUGACGCUUACUGUAGCUGGUACUGCAAAAAAGACGAAGCUCAGGAAAGGCAACGGUGGAUGGGGCGACACACGAGAUCAUCGGCUUUGUUGGAACAUUACCGUUUAUCCGGAUCUUGUUUUACCUUGAGGCAUCGAAAUAUCCUUUCAGUUCCUUUUUUCUUUUCUUUUACAAUCUCCUCCCCUCUUUCUCUCUCUCUCUCUAUUUAUCUAUCUAUUUAUCUAUCUAUCUCUUAUUCUUUAUCCCAUUGUCCAAAAAGUCGCAUCUCGCUUGUCCCGUUUCGUUUCUGCCUUGUCCUAACUCGUCCAGUUUCGUCUCUGGUGGAAGAUGCUCGUUUAACAAGUUCCUUCGCAUUGACAAAUUAUUAUAUCGAUCCCACGGUCUGUUAUCAGAUCAUGCGGUAUCUCUAGCGGCGUACUUAUCUUUAUAUUAAUUCGUGCUGAAUUUAGCAACCGAUUCACGCGGCAAAAGCAAUUCACGUUUUGCGCAUAGCGACUCAACUCCUCGACAAAUUUGCAUCUCUAUCGGUCGCCAGACGUCCCUGAGAAACACGCUUAUCACGUAUUCUAGUCAUCGUAUUUCAAUAACGAUUAACGACAAACGGGUAACAAAAAAAAAAAGUGAUCUAGUGUCUAUAAAUCGUUUGCCCGAUGGUAAUCUACUAGGCAACGUUGCCCGCUUCAAGACGACCCAGAUUUUUGAACUACUCGGAGUAAUUCCGAGAGCGAACCAAAGCCAUCCACGAGUCGCAAAAUUUACAUAGGAUACGUUUUAUAUUUGUAACGAGAAUCAACGAAAAUAAACAAAUCGAUCGAUUUUUCUCGUA